AUGCGCGUUCGCCGCUCUCUUAAAGAACUUGUGAGUCUUUACGACGCUGGUGACAGAACCCAGCUGGAGAACCUCGUCAGGGCUUUCCGCAAGAUUCAGACCCUACCUCCCAACGAUCCGGACUCCUUCUUCGUCAUUGCUGGCUAUCACGGCGAGCCUUUCGUCAAGGAGGAUCCUACAAACCCGGACUGGUGGGGAGCCUAUCUGUAUCGCCUAGAGAAUGCACUCCGAAAUGCUUUGCCAGAGGCCCCUGAUCUGGCUCUGCCGUUCUGGGACGAGUGUGCGACUCACGGAACGGUCAAAAUCACGCCCGAUGGCGACCCUAAGACCACAAUUCCCGACACUUACUCGGUCUAUUCUCGUUUUCAGAUCUGCCUCAAGGCGCCAAACUACACCGUCUUCUCCAACAAGGCCUCCAUGGCCCAGUAUAUUAUUGAGAAUGGUGGCCAGCCACACUAUGGUGUAGCUCUCGAGGAGCCGCAUAAUGCCAUCCACCUUGCGCUUGGCGGUUUCUACGAGAAAGGCAAUUAUAACGCUGAUCCAUUUCUCGGCGCCAACGGUGACAUGGGCGAGAAUGAGACAGCUGCUUUUGACCCCAUUCUCUACCUCCAUCACGCCUUUAUUGACUAUACCUUCUGGCAGUGGCAGCUCCGCCAUGAUUGCACAGCUACCGGUAGUUUGACAGUCGAGGCUGGUAAGGAUGGCACGAUUAGCCUGGGUGACCCGACCUUCCCCAAGGGUACAGCCCUGGACACAAACAGUCCAUUGAAUCCAUUCACGAAGCCUAGCGGUGGAUUCUACACAUCGGAGGACGUGACAGACAUCAACAAACUUGGAUACAGCUAUGGCCGUGGCUCGCUCGACAAUGAUCCAGCCCGAUUUGAGCCACCCACGGAGCCCAUUGCCAAGAUCGCGCGGGUGCACAAUGUCAGUCGUGCAGACUACGCUGGCUCCUUCGUCAUCCGCACCCAUGUUGAAUUGCCCAGUGGUGAAAAGGUUGAAGUUGGGCGCGAAGCUGUGCUGAGUCGAUGGAAUGUUGCAGGAUGCCGCAAUUGCCAGGAUCGUCUGAACGAGAACUCAUUCAUUGCCAUCGAUAACAAGACAAUGGAGGUUUUGAAAGGCAACACUGACGAUGAGGCGAAAAUUAACUUCCACGUUCAGAUCCAGUCGCGUGAAUUUGGUGGGGAUAAAUUCCAUGCGCCUGUACGGGAACCAGCAGUGGAGUUUUUGUAG